AUGGCAGGUCAGAUGGGCAUAGCUGCGGGAAAUAACAACAAAGUGAGGAAGAUUCGACUGUACAUGACGCCUGCAAAUCACAGUAUGGUUGGGGAGAGGAGCGUAAACAAGCUACAUCCUGAGAACAUCGUUGACGCUCAGUUCUCAGCAUAUUACCAGACGGUCAUUGCGUGGCUGCAUGGCUCUACCACGGGACUCGAGACUUAUGAUAGGUUAGGUCAGCCCGAACUGAACUCAUUCUGCGAAAAGCUCGAAUGCGUCAUCUAUCCUGACAAGAAUUUCGGCAAAUUUGCUUCAACAAUCGAGACCGACUACGAGGAUGGGUCGCAUGACCCGAGAGACAUGGAUCGUCCCCUGCGCGACCAAGUGGAAUUGAAGUUUUUCAGCCUCGUCGAGCGGAUUUCUGGUGAAAAAAGAGCCACGGAGAUCAGGGACGUAAUUGAUGGCAUUCACCAUGCUUCGAUCGCAAAACUUCUGAGAUUGGUUGAGUAA